UGUGCCUGAGGUCUCAACAUACCAACCAAAAUGGUAAGAUCAUAUCUCUUUCUUUCAGUUUAUGUGCUAUAGCUAUGAACUGAACGAAUUACAUGGCCGGUGGGGUGAUUUCGAUAUUUCAGGCAAAAUUUUGCAGGGAAAAGGCAGUGUUGAUCACCGUGUAUGUGGAGAAGCCAAGGAGGAGAAGGGUGCUAUCAAAUCAACACCACCACCACCACCACCAUCACCAUUAUCUUCAUCACUUCAACAAUCGAGAGGUAAUUCGUGGUUCUGGUAAAGGAUAUAAUAGGAGAGCUGAGCUUCUUCGGUAUUCUCAGAGUCUAAGGGAGUCUGUUCGACCAGCUGCAUCUUCUUCUUCUUCAUCAUCCACUACUCUCUUACUUCCAAAGCCAACCUCUCCCAAGAAUCAGCAACCGACAACUAAAACUGUUGCUGUACUCCAUAGAAAGCCUAGCUAUUCAAGGACUCCUAGUUGUCUGGGCAACUGGAAACUUCUGGUUCCAAGUUUUAUCUGGUCUUUGACAAGUCCCAAAGCUAGAAAAGCCAGAAAGAAACAGAAGCAUGGUGGAUCUACUACAACCAAUAAAAUGAAAGCUCUUAUGAAAAGCUUAGAGAUACAAAAGAAGAAGAGAUUCAUAAUUCCAAAACUGUUCUCAGCAUUCCGCAAGCAUAGAUAAAGCAUCCAACGCCUUAUGCAACUAGAAGAAAAUGGAGAAGAAAACAUUCAUCUUGGACGGAAUAGCAUUAGAUAUACAGGUUCAUCUACUUGUAUAUAUAUAUAUAUACGAUCAAACUUUACUAAUAUACAAUUAAGGAACACUUAAUUCUUUUUCAUUGUGAUUAUUUUUUUUAUUUUUAGCUUGCUUGUAAUUGGUAUAUAGAAUAUUUCUCUUUAUGAUA